UGUGGUUGGCAACGCCAAAAUGUCACAGCUGAUUUUAAAGCUGUAAGAAAUUCCUAUCAAAGAAAACGUUAUUCCAUAUUUAUUUUUAAGUGAUAAAAAGUUUGAAAAACUCGUGAAAAUAUGUUUAGCCAAGUGCUGAGAAAUUUUCAACGUAUUUUAGUACUUCAAACGCCGCGGUCUACGUAUGUUAAUAACAUAAUAUAUCCCGCAGUGUGUCGUGAAUUCGGAGUGUCGCCAGCAAAUUAUUUAUCGCUGAGUCGCGGUACACGCCUGCAUGACAAUUGGGAACCUUCAGUAGAAAACCCCAACACCACCGAUUCGUCAUUUGCUGCUGCCACAAGUGAGCCGGGCUCUCGUGAAAAUGAAGCCGGUUAUAUUGUAGAAUAUUGCUUGGAGCAGGAAAAACCGCGACGCCAUGUUCUUGUCGAAGCAUUACGUACGCGCUACCGACUUUCUGAUAACGAUGUAGAUCGUAUUAUGCGAGAUGAGGUGGUUAGAAAAACGUUCCAUAAACGUUCGCUCGUACGCACAUUAGAAUUACUUUGUUUGGAAGGUGUUACCAAAGAAAGUUUCUUAACCUAUCCAUGGAUAUUAACGCUCGAUAAAGUGCGUUUGCAGGAGAAAUUAACACUCAUACAAACACUUCCUAUACGUGAUAUUAACCACUUUGUGCCUUUUCUGCGUUUGACUUUGCCGCGUCUACGUAAGUUAGUGUCCAUAAUGAAUCGUGAAUCCAAAAUUAUACCACAAGGAAAUCGUAUAUAUUACAUCAGUGAACUACUGAAAACAGAGCCAAAGUUAGUCACAAAGUAUUUAUCAAAACGUUUAUUCAUCUUGGAAAUGCCUUUUGAAAUGUUAGAGCAAAAUCUACAGCAUAUGAUAAACUACAAUGUGUCCCCACUAAAUAUUUUAAAAGAUCUCUGGGCUUUCCGUUACACGCCAAAAUCCGUGGAAUUGCGUUUGGAACGUGCAAAACGUGCGAAGAAGGAUAAAAUUAUGCCAUGGAUGGUACGUUGUCCAGAACCCAUACUGCAAAGAUCAUUUAAGCUUACUUUGGACGAACUCGCUGUGUUGGGUGACAGAAAGAAUGUAGUCGAAUAUGUAGCGGAACGUUUAGGAUUCGAUUACGAAACUACAAAAUCCAUAAUGGAAAGACAUCCAGCUGUUAAGCGUGUGCGCGUUACAAAGAUAAAAGAAGUACUUGACUAUUUACUGAAUGAAGCUGGCUUCACGCGUCAUGAAAUCGCGAAUGUGCCACGUAUACUAUGUCACGGCUUAGAAACAACUAAGCAACGCAUAGAAGAGCUUAAAUCGAAUGGUUGUCGUCCCACAAGCUUAGUUAUUGUGUGUCGCAGCAAGCGUGAAUACGACAAGUUUCUAAAAUCCUGGUUGGAAACCGAGUUAAAAAUGCAUAAAUACAAAGAAAAAAAUCAAAAGCAUGAAGCUGAAACGUAGUUGAUAAGUAUUGUGUUUUUGAUUUUGUUAUACUUUGUAAGUUUUGAAAAUAAAUUAUAGUUGUUUAAAAAAAAAUAUACCGUUUUAUUAUUCGUGUAAUAGUUUCCUUAAUUCAUAUAAUAAGAUAGAACAGUGAUAGAACGGUAAAAGUGUAAUUCGUUCAACUGUAACCUACAAAUAUGUUUAACUUUUAAACAGUUUGAGUGAAAAUGACAGCGAAAUUAAAAAAUAAAUGAAAAUGAUAACCAUAAUUACUAAUGGCAAUAAUAAUUCGUUUUGCCGCUAUCACUUUUUUAUUAAUUCGCCACGGUAUUUUAUCAUUAUACCCUGAACAGGGUGUAUUAAGUUUGUCACGAAGUUUGUAACACCCAUAAGGAAGCGUCGGAGACCCUAUAAAGUAUAUAUAUAAAUGAUCAGUAUGUUGAACUGAGUCGAUUUAGCCAUGUCCGUCUGUCUGUAUAUAUACGAACUAGUCCUUCAGUUUUUAAGAUAUCGUUUUGAAAUUUUGCAGAUGUUAUUUUCUCUUCAAGAAGCUGCUCAUUUGUCAGAACUGCCGAUAUCGGACCACUAUAUCAUAUAGCUGCCAUUCAAACUGAACGAUCGGAAUCAAGGGCUUGUAUGGAAAACUUCCGCAUUUUACUACAUAUCUUCACGAAAUUUGGUGUGAGUUAUUGUUCAUAGAAAUAAUUUAAUCUCCGAAAAAGUUGUUCAGAUCGGUUCACUAUAGCAUAUAGCUGCCAUACAAACCGAACGAUCGGAAUCAAUGGCUUGUAUGGAAAAUUUUCGCAUUUGACGUAGUAUCUUCACGAAAUUUGACAUGGAUUACUGCUUAAGGUAAUAAUAUAAUCUCCGAAGAAAUUGUUCAGAACGGUUAACUAUAUAACCUUAAUGUUUCUAGCAAACAACCCGGCUAAAAAGUAGUAAAAUGUUUUCUUCUUAAUUUUUCUUACGUCUUUAGAUUUGCUUAAUAGUUACUAAAAGAAAUGCACCUGUGAAGGGUAUAUUAGCUUCGGUACAGCCGAAAAGUUUUGUUUUAAUUUUUCUCACUUUAUUAUUUGUUAAAAAUGAAACGAUAUAAUGUAUUUUAUUUUAAUUAAUUAUAUAAUUUAAAAUUUUUUUAUAUAUUUUUCAAUUUAAUUUUAUCUAGUUCGACCCUUACAUACAUACAUACUUAUGUACAUAUUUACAUAAAUCAGCAGAAAUAUUAAUUUCCAUUGUCAUUACCUGGCAAAAAAUGCAAUCCAUUAGUGAAUCGUAUGCAAUUCACUGAUUUCACAAUAAAUAAGAGUCUUCAGACUACAAAAACAACAAGGUUUCGCAACGAUUUUUCAUCUUUUUCUCCUUUCCUCACAUGAAGUGUUUGCGCAAAUAUUAAUGAAAAAGCCUCACCAACACAAACAAAGCACUCAGCCAGUCAGCAAACACUUGUCAUUCGUGAUGGCAUGAGUUUUUUUUAUUUUUUUGUCACACCGGUGAAUUUAUAUUUGUAAUGAAGGGGAGGUGUGGUAUUUAAUGCUGCUUAAUUCCUAGUCACUUAAUGCGUUUUUAUCUUUUAGAUGGAAAUGAAGAGAUUCCUCUCAAUGCAUCUGAUAUAUGAACUUACAUGUAUAUGCAUUAUAUUUAAGGGAUUAACCGCGAACAUUUCAUUUUACCUUUUGCCUCAUUCGCUUUAAAGCUCCUUCUUCGUAUAUUUAAAAAAAAACUUUCAGUUUCAUAAAUAGUUUUUUUUAUAAUUUUUUUAUUUAACAUCAUAAUAUGCAAAUUGGUUAAUACAUCGAUUAAUACACAAAUAACUGUUUUGUUGCAAUUUCUUUCAAAAAUAGUUCAUAUUUCAUAUAUGUAUAUCUCAAUUGUUGUAAAUAACGCCUGUUUACAUUGGAGAUUUAUGUGUCACUAAACGUUUCACUGUCAAUAACUUUGGUUUAAAACCAUAAUAAGCUUUAUGAGACAUAACCUCAUUUGUGGAGUUUGUAAACUUUUUCAAACAAAGGCAACCGAUUGUAAUUUG